CACACAGGCAGUCACCGGCAAUGCACAUUGGCUUUAAAUGUUGAAUGAACUUGAGAACUAAAACUAAAUUAAGAUCUCAAAAUGCAAUGAAUACUUUGAUACGUAAUGAUUUUAUAAUUUGUUUAAUAAAAUCAAGUGAUCUGAACCUUGAAACAUUGUGUUAACGGCCACAAGUGAUACUAUUUUCAGUCUUGUCAGGAAAGUGUGUGCAUUUGUUCAAAGAUGCAAAUUCAAUCUGGAUUUCUAGUGUUUCUAGUCUUUUACACCUUAAUUACACUAGUGUUGUUACAUGCCGUGUACCGAACCUCACAGCUGAUAGUCGAUGAAGAGUUUCACUUGCGGCAAGGUGAACAUUUCUGUCGAGGCCGCUUUCACGUCUGGGAUCCCAAAAUCACUACAUUUCCCGGACUCUAUCUAAUCUCAGCUUCGUUACUUGGCCCAUUCAAAGCCUGCUCAGUUUAUGCGUUACGACUAACUUCGGCAAUUGCAUCGAUCGUGAACGCCUACUUUAUAUUCAUUAUUCGAAGGACUGUCGUCGGAAAGCAAGAAGAUGCCCGAGUACUACUCGAAUCAAUAUCGCUGGCCAUACUACCGCCGUUGUACUUUUUCUCCCAUCUGUACUACACGGACGUGUUGUCCGUGACAAUGGUGCUAAUGAUGAUAUAUUUUUCCCUGAAGGAAAAGCAUAACUAUGGUGCACUGUUGGCUUUUUUCGCCAUUAUGAUGCGUCAAACAAACAUCGUCUGGGUUGGGUACAUUCUCGGGUGGCGUGCUUUGGACUUGGCAAUGAAAUUGUGUCUACCGAACGAGAACCAUCAGUAUAGACUGAGGGAUCUGUUAACUACAGUUCAAACUCUGUUGGGGUCACGCUUUAUGUUUGUUCGAGUUAUAAAACUGAUUUUCUCUUCCUACUAUGGAUACAUACUUAACAUACUGGCAUUCAUGGCAUUUCUGUACUGGAACGGAUCAAUUGUGGUUGGGGAUAAAUCUGCCCACGUCGCUGCUAUUCAUUUACCUCAGAUUUUUUACUUCACGCUAUUCUUUGCCACCUUUAGUGGUUCAGAGCUUCUAACAUUGCUUCCACGAGUUCUUCGAUUGGUGCGCAAUCGAUGGUACAUCACAGCAUUUGGCAUGGCCCUUUUCGCUUGGAUCGUUCAGCAAAAUACAAUCGUUCAUCCUUACUUGCUAGCGGACAAUCGGCAUUAUACCUUCUACGUUUGGAAUCGAUUCUUUGGCCGCUGGUGGUUUGCACGCUACCUGCCCGUCCCAAUCUAUUACGGAAUCGUCGUUUCGUUGGCAUUUCUGCUAUUUGCACAGCACAACGGUCGACCACCUCUGAUUGUAUCCAGUUUAGUUUGGAUAGUGGCAACCGUUGCUUCAGUAGCUCUACAACAGCUGAUAGAGGUUCGAUAUUUUAUUUUGCCUUUCCUUGUGCUACGAUUAGUGCAACCAAAUGUACGACCAUCCCGGAAACUGGUAGCUUUUGAAGUGGCGUUUAACUUAACGGUUAACGUUGUGACUUUCUAUAUAUUUUUCACCAAAGAAUUUUAUUGGAGUGACUACCGUGAGCCGCAGCGGCUCAUCUGGUGAAUCCUAGCACAUUAUUUAUCGUUAAGUUAUUAGAAAAUAAAUAAAUACUUAAAUAAAUAAUUCUUCUAUAAAGAAAA